AUGCUGAAGAUCCGCUCGAACUACCAAGGUUAUGCUACCCCCGUGUACUGCGACAGUAAGCUCGCCAUUCACGAGGCACAGUUCUUGUCGCUGCAUGCAAUGCAAGUACUCGCUGCGGCCAUUCGACGCUUGCUCAGCCUGACCACUGGUCAGUGA